AUGUCAAACACAAAUCCCCUAUCUAAAAGCCCACGGCCGGAAAUCGUUGCUAGUCAGAAGGCGCGAGAAGAACCAACGCCUGUUCUUGCGUCCCGUCAGCAUCUCGAUCCGCCAGCUACUAAUCUUCCUCAAUCUGGCGCGCAGUCACCAGAAAUGGAGCUUACAAAAAAGCAGAGGCGCAGGCUGAAAAAGCAAGCUCAGAAGUCAUCCGCUUUAAAGACCAGACGUGAAUCGGAGAGGCAUGAGAUAGCGGCACCCCAAGCAGAGGCGGUUGCCUCACGAGCACCAUCAUCGCCCCCCACCGAUGUACGGUCACCACCACAAUUAUCCUCCAACGAGUGCACAAGCUCGGGUUCUAAACAGACCAGUUCGUCGUCGUCCAAUGGGGUAACACCAGCGGCGGUAAUCAUACCCUCGAAACUUCCUGUAAGCGAUCCUGCCCGCAAUCAUGGACCGCUGGCCAUGAAGGCUGGAAUGACCACGCAAGGGGGAGAUGAGUUUGUACCAAUCAAGAAGAUUGAAUCGGGACCGGGAUUCUUCAACGUCAUCGGUGUAGUUACGUCAACCAGGCCUAUGUCACAAACGCGCUCACAAGAGUGGUCCCGUAGUUUUUCCAUCGUCGACCCGUCCUGCAUGGAAGACGAUAUAGAUGUCGUGACUUAUAGUUUCACGGUCAAUUGCUUCCAGAAGAAGCACACUGCGUGGCUCCCUCAGGCUGAAGUUGGCGAUAUAGUCCUCUUUCGGAGGCUGAAGGCCUCCACAUUCCAUGGGGGUCUCAAUGGUGUAGGGUAUGAGGACAAGUUGCGCUGGGUCACCUAUGAUACCCAAGCCCGGCGUUUCCGCAAUCCUAACAGAAUUGACGCUCCGCGUUCCGAGACAUCAGGUGAAGGAUUUGGAUAUUUGUACUCACCUUACUACGAGCCGAGUGGACAAGGCAAAGAAGCAGAGUAUUGUGCUCAGCUUGCCGAUUGGUGGCAAGCGAUACAUGCGAAAGAUCAAAGUAUUACAACCGUGCAAUGCGCCCCACGCCCUUCGCGAGAGCAUCACCUCAUCUCUGAGGUUACCCCGGACACUUCUCCUCAAGGUUAUUUCGAUUGCACCGUCGAAAUUUUGUACAGCUACGAAAAUGCCAGCGGACCCCACACCUUGUAUGUGACCGACUACACUGUGAACCCUCACACCAAACCGCCACAAGCAAACUGGUGCCCUCCGGAACUGUCAGCAUACGUUUUCAAGAUGGAGAUGUGGGAUAAAGCGAGACUUCUUGCAAAGACAAUGCAGCCCGGAGAGUUCUGGAGCCUCCCAAAUGCACGCGUGAGGACAGACUCUUAUCAACUCCAUGGUAAAUUGGUGGAAACACAAAAGUCAAAAAAACUUGACGAGGCCGAAUCUGGUAAUAACUUACAUUUUCGCGCAUUGUUAGAGCGGAAAAAGAAGUUUGAGCAGAGGGGAGGGAUGUCUGGCUCUUCUGCACGGUUUGACACCAAGUUGAUUGAAGAUGUUGACGAAGAGGUCGCGUUCUUCCACUGCACGGUUGAGCUUCUUCAUGUUGAUCUUGCUUCUGCAGAGGAGCCCGUUGUUUACGUGACGGAUUACACAUUUAAUCCCGACCUCGUCAACCCAGCAGAGCCAGCACCCUGGGCCCUCGGCCUCGACCGCCGGAUCGUCAAGAUUGUCCUGGAGGGUGGGCAGAAAGGGAGAACACGUGACCUUCAGCUAGGCGCGAUGUAUAGAAUCAAGAAUUUGCGCUUGAUCAAGAGGACAGGUGUUAAAGGUGUUUUCGGGCGUCUAGGGGGUGACGAACGACUCAUCAUCGCAGCCAAUGACCAUGAGAAGGAGGAAGUACAAGCUCUUCUACAACGCAAGGAGAAGUGGAAGUUAGAAAUGAAACGAGACGGGGUGUCCAUUGAACCAUUGAAUAUUUCUACUGCAGCAUCACGCCCUCGUACUCCCGAGACAUCGCAGGAUCUCACUCUGAAACAAGUUAUCGCCAGUACUGUCUGUCCCAACACAUUCACAGUUGUUGCACGGGUGACCGAUUUUUAUCCCUUCGAUCUGAAUGAUGCCACGUACCUGCGAUGCACGAACUUACGGCGGACCUGGAAACGCUGUGUCGACUGCGAUGACAUGCUCGAUACUUAUUGCAAAUGGUUUUACAAACUGAUAUUACUAUUGGAAGAUGAUGAAAGAAACACGAUCUCGGUUUCUGCCUGCAACGAAGAUUGCAAACUUCUGUGCGGCUUGCCUGCUGCCGACUUGGAAGCGGAUAAAGGUGCUUUUGAUCAACUCGUAGCUCGCCUACAACCCGUUAUCGGCAACCUCAGGCAAGUGCAUGACUCAUAUACGAAGCCGGAGGUCCUACCAGUCGUUUCCCCGAAAAUGCGUUUCACCGUCGAGAGUUGGAUCGCGAAAGGUGACCGAUUGUACGGGCUUCUGGAUUAUACUCCACUUUAA